GCAAUGGCUUUUCCCCUAACUGUUAAGGAAUUCUUUGUUUUCACAACUCGGCAUGCCAAAAACCUUGGACAUGAGGCAGAACAGGUUUUAUACUUUUAUCCCCAUGGUAAAUCGCAAAACGAUCAAUUGUCUGUCGUUGGGCUGUGCGAAGCUUUAUUAUCUUUCUCCAAUUUCUUUUCUACGUCCUGUACUUCAAUUCACACUCGGAAUGGCAAACACUUUUUUCAUCAACUUAUUGAUCAAGUUUGGGCUGUUAUGAAUGUCUCAGUUGUUGAUUCUGCCGCGAUACCUCACUGUCAUGAAUUUUGUGAACACGUCAUUGAUGAUAGUCUCAUGGGCCAUCGAUUGUCAGCUACAUGUGAACGUUAUAAACUUCUCCAUGGUCCAAUAAGCAUCAGUACCGACACUGAUUUGGAGAAGAAUAGGAAAAAUCUGGCAGCUUUCUUUAACAAGGCCAUUGUAAGCGUCUUUUGUCCCUCGAGGUCAUCGCUGCCUGUCGAAGUCACGUGCUCUGCCCUCCACUACAUCGUCUCUGACAUAAUGAGCCUGCCCCCCGACCUCGAUCGUGCUGCCAUUUCGCCUAAAGCGCCUCACAUGGGCAGGUUCCUGACAGGCCCUCCGGACAUGGGUGAAGACCUUUGUCCCGCACAGAUGCCAGUUCCGACGGUUUACCUACAACUUCCGAAUUCGGAGUAUCAGCUAACUCAUCUUGUGGUCUAUCGCGCGCUGAGACUAACCAUCUGUCUCUUCAUUGGUGGUAACAACGAAUUACGGAGAGAAUUUUUUCAAACGUUUAACAAUCUGUACGGGGAGGCAAUGACAAAGCUGUCUUUCGCAAUUGAAUGUGAAGAAACAUCAAGCUUGGCCCUCGCCUUCGACAUGACAACCCUGGCACUGUGCACCGAUUCCUCUUCAAAAUCGGCCACCACAACACCUCUGUACCCCUCCAUCAGCGGUUUUUUCCUCUGGGAGCCCGAUUUGUGCUCGGUGUCAACCAACUUCUUCGUUCUGCACUCUGGCGGACUCGGCGAAGUCCAGCCGGCGGUUGCGCCCCUUUUGCCUGUCAUCUUCGCGGCCCGUCAAGAUGCCGUUUCUUGUUUCGGACAGCGGUGGUGUGAAUGCCUUCUCAAGCUAGAACCGGACACUUGGCUGUACCUGUGUCGAGUGAACAAGCGCGAGGUUUUCCUAGUCUUUUCCGGGAAGAAGGUCGAUGUGGCUCGAAUAACAACCGAAUCGAAGCGCUUUUGGAUUGACAAGCUGGCUGGCGUCUUUCGUGUGAGCUGA